AUGGCAAGUCAAGACAAGGAACGCCGUAGUUCUCGAACUGAUUCUCAUCCACCAGGAAUGAAGCGGGAUCCAACUGUAGUGCUUAAACAUCAACCAGACGCCAGUGGACCUAUUGAGUCGCAGAUCGAACGAACUAUCGGGUACGGCUCACAACUUGGGGGAUCAACGGCCAACUGGGAGGGAUUUAGUAGCAGACUCACUGAAAUUCAACUCAACAAAAAUGAUCCUGAAUAUAAGUCAAAACUCGAAACACUUAAAUCUGAGGUCGAGAAAGCAGCCUUGUCUUAUUGCUGGUGGCAGAUGUCUCGAGCCUCCGACUUGAGUUUCGCCAGUCUGAACUUGAAUUUCGUACGGAUGUUCUUCGACACUCGGGUGCGUAAGAUAGGCGGAAGGGCACCAACAGCCGUUAUUGGGAAGCGUGAUGGACAGGAGAUAUUGGCAACUUCGUCUGCUUCGCAAACAGCAGCGAUUGAUAAUGGGAAUCUAGCUGAAUAUUGCACGCUGCAAGGAUCAGCGCUAGUACCAGUUUCAUCACUGUUGAGCAUUGACGUGCCAGCGAACUCAGCCCAAAUAUCGGGUCCCACUCCUUCAAUCUUACCAUGUACCUCAUCGUCGUCAGUAAUGUCCUCAACAACAACGCAGUCGACAGAUACUGGAUCGGCAAUGUCGCGAUUAACGAAUACGGCGACUGAAUUGGCGACAACCGGUGAUGACGAUCUGCAAUCGGCCAUGCCAGGAAGUCCAAGUCUGAGUGCGCAGUCUUCUUCGACAAAUACCGACGAUCUGCACACCGCGGGAGUGUCGGACUCAUGGACAGCGCUUGCUGCCCAGAAUACAUGGAUCACAACAAUAUCAGACGAAGACUCGUCGAGCGGUGUUACGAUAGUCCCUCUCACAUUUGAAGGGGCGACAUCUAGUGCGGGAUCCACGACCACCGUGCGCCAUCUCCCCACGACUAGCACCUCUCGUUUCUCUGCUACCGACUAUUCCUCGAGCGCAUUCGCGAGUGUUACCAGCGCCGCAUCAAUUCUUCCAAACCUGAAGCACGCGGAGGGGACAAAUCCAGCUAUGACGACGCGGACAAUCGCUGGAGUCGCUGCUGGUGCCGUCGUAAUCAUAAUCCUCAUCAUUCUAUGCGUUUUCAUAUACGUGCGAGGAGGCGUAUUACGCGGUAUGAACUCCAAUGCCCAGUUAUCAGCCCUCCGUCCGUCGAAAAAGUCAGCCGUCGUGAACGAGAGCCAGGAAAACCUGUACCGUCGAGACAUGAGCGAAAUCCGACCGCGGGACUUGGAAAAUGCCACUGUAACCGCUGGAACGCAUUAUGAUGACACAGAGGAGGGUUGGGAGAAGAUAGACAUGCACGAUGCGAGGAGCGGGAACAUGGGAAAGGAUAAUGGAGAAUGGCUGGAGUCAUGGCGUAGGGGCAAGGAACGUAUGAUGACGACGCGACAAGCACCUGAACUGCAUUUCAACCCGGAUCUACCACUUCCUCCGAUUAGUUGGGAAGAGACGAAGAAGUAG